UAUCCUCUAUUCUUUUCUAGACUAACAAUUGUAUCUACACAAUUGUUAGAAAUACAUAACUUUAAGGACAAUUACAGUAUACUACCCUUACAACUAGGACCUGCCCGUACGAUAGAAAACUACUACAAUCUAAUCCACAUAGUAAACCUUGAAGAAUAUAAAUCCAACAUUAACUCAAUAAAAAACCUACUAAACAAAUUUGAAAAUAGAGACCUACUAACUAGUUCCUUGUACGUGACGAAAAUUAAACUGAGGGAACUCGAAAAUAAGCUCAUAACACUUACGCCUAUCAAAAGAAGUAGAAGAGGAUUAAUCAACGGUUUAGGCACAACAAUAAAAUUUAUUACCGGAAAUAUGGACUCGCAAGACGCGGACAAUAUUAAUAAGCAAAUUGAGAAUAUUCGUUCUAACAUAAAUAUAUUUAAUUCAACAAUAACGAACCAACACUGGAUUAACUUACACAUGGUACAGAGAUUUAACGACAUUGCUCUUCACAUAAAUAGAGAACAGAAAAUAAUAGAAUCAUUUCUAGACAAAACUGCUAAUAAAAUAAAGGAAGAACAAGAUAACUUCAUUGAAAUUCAGUAUCUAAAUCAAAUAAAUUUUAACAUUGAACUAUUAGCAAGUCAUAUAUCGGAUAUUGCAGAGGCAGUCAUACUCAGUAGACUUAACAUUCUUCCUAAGCUCUUGUUAAGCUCUAAAGAACUCGAAGAAAUAAAAAAUUCUUUAGACAAACAAGAAGUAACCAUAAAUACAUAUGAGCAAAUAUAUGAAUUACUUAAUUUACAAGCCUAUUAUAACCAAUCUAAUAUAAUAUUCAAUAUUCAAAUACACUAUGACACCGCUUUUCCAAAAAUAGAAGGUAUUUAUUUCUGCAACAAGCCACGCCUAGAAGAGUUAACAGCAGAGUCUGAAUGCAUGGGCAGAUUAAUGAGAAACCAAGUUGCACACUGUCCAUCCACCACAAUUGAUGACAUCGAAACUAUAACGCAGCCUGAACCUGACUACGUACUACUGAUGCAAGUUCCGAAAACAGACAUCAAUUCAUCUUGUAACAUAAAGCACCUGGCAGUCGAGGGUACUGUAUUAAUCCAUUUCAAGAACUGCAGCAUCACCAUAAACAGCAUACACUAUGAAGACGACCCUAACAUAUUUUGGGACAAUAUUUACAUCCUUCCACCACCUAGCAACGACGUCCACUUCAAUUCAACAAAAGAAGUGUUGAAUCUUCACACUCUAAAAGCAUUCAAUCUGGCGACAAAUUUAAAUCUUCAGCAAUUCGAGAAACAAACUUCAACAUGGCAUUGCAGCUUUACCACCUUUGCAGUUGCAACAAUCAUCAUACUAGCCCUCAUCAUAUUUUUCAAGAACAAAACUAAGGUUAUCCAGUACAUUGUUGACACCCCGGACACUAUCGCUCCUACCCCAAGCAACUCCUUGUGGCCGUCGCUCUACUCUAAGGGGGGAGGAGUUACAAUUACUCACCAAGCCGCCACACAAGAUGACACCACAUAA